AUGGUACAGGAGUGGGAAGAGAUGGACCCCAACACUUCUGGAGAACCUCAGGAAGCAGGUGCCACCCUGGAGUGCACAUGGCUGCUUGGCCGCCUGCCUGCCAGUGCAGAAACGUGUCCUAGGCCCCCAUGGGACUCAAGACUCCAGCUGGAACCAGAAAAGGAGAAUUACAAGAAGAAUGAAAAAGUGACGCUGAGUUGCAUUGAUGGUUUGCAGCCACCCUUCACCAAAAUCAAGUGUUCAAGCCAAGUCCAGUCAAUCAGUCAUGGGAAACCCAUAUACAGAGAAGUUUGGCUUAGAAGGGACAGCAGAGGUACCUGGACCCCCGUUCAGUCCAGUGUGGAAUGCUUAGAGGUCUUCCAGGUUGUCCCCGGGACCUGGGAGAUUUCCAGCACCAGCAUCAAAGUGAACUGGACCUGUGGGCUCCCAGGCGCCUGCCAGAACAUGCAGGCCAUGUGCCGCCUGGCAGAGCCUUCGUCUGCUCCCUGUGAGGCUGAGGAGGUGGAGGGAGAGGAAAUUCUACAAGGCCAGGGGGGAACAUUUUCAUGUCCUCUUCUCCAGCCCUUCACUGACUACAGUAUCACCAUCACCCUACCCCCCAGCACGAUCCUUUUUGCAUGGCUGAUCAGGACAGAGGGAACAGUGCCAGACAAACCAGAGGAGAUGCAGCUGGAUCACAACACAAGUUCCCUAAGGUGGAAGGUGCUGCCCUCCUGCAAAGGGGAGAUCAUUGGAAUCCAGCUGAACAUCACGAGCUGGAGCAUGCAGGACGGUGGCUUCCUGGAGAUGGAGCGGCUGCGGCUGAGCGGCUCCGCCACUGAGCACUCCCUGCCUCAGCACGGCGCCGGCAGCAGCUACGUGGUGACGAUGCGGGGGGUCACGGCCGCCGGAGCUGGCGCUGCGUCUCUCUGGACGUUUCAGACCAACAGCUCGGACUCUCCACAGCCUCCCAAGGUCAGCUGCCGCCGCGUCCGUGACAUGUCCCCAUCCCAAGGCACAGCUGUGCUUCCCCUCCGCCCCAUCGCCCGUCCUGAGGCGACGAGGGAGAUCCAGCUCAUUGUGGCCGCCACACACAACAUCACAGCCGUGGAAGAUGCCUGCGUGGGGGAACCACAGCCCUUCAAUGCCAGCCGGCAGCCUGGCACCUAUGUGGCUGCCAUGCUCAACCUCACAGCCCCCACUGACUUUGUGCUGGGCGAUGGGACCCAUGGGCAAGGUUACCACAAUGCUGCCCUCCAACCUGGCUGGAACUACACAGCCCUUCUGCGCCUCGUCCAGCGCUCGCAGCAGGCAGAGAAGUUCACCUGCAUCUGCUACAGCUUCUCUCUUGGGCAGGAGUCAGUGCCUCUGCUGAGCAGGAUGUCCACGGUUAUGGCAUUAGCACUGGUUGUUGCACUCCUGGCACUGGGGAUUUUGCUGCUCUUUGUGCUCUUCAGGCGAAAACACAAUAGUUCAAAAAUCUUGGAGAACAACAGUGCUGUCCCACUACAAAGUCGAGGAGGUGUAUGCAAGAUAAACACACAGAUCCCCACGGAGGAACUGCUGGAGGCUCUGAAGUGGUUUAAGAGGGCAGAAAUAGAAACAGAGCAAACAGAGGAUGAAUUAGUUGGCAUGCAUGGUGCUGGGCGUCUGAGAGAGUAUCAGCAACUGUCCUCCACUUUAUUGCAUCCCUGCAAUACUGGGAAUGAGCUGUGUAAUCAGAACAAGAACCGCUACAAGAGCAUCGUCCCAUAUGAUCACUGUCGUGUGGUGCUGCAGCCCUCUGACACAGGGAAUGGCUACAUCAAUGCCAGCUAUGUGGAUAGCUACCGGAGUCCACGUUUCUUCAUUGCAGCUCAAGGCCCCUUGCCUGGAACGGUGGUGGACUUCUGGCAGAUGGUUUGGCAGGAGAAGACCUCAGUCAUAGUGAUGCUGACGGGCUUAGUGGAGCAGAACAAGAACAAGUGUGAACAGUAUUGGCCAGAGCAGAAGCAAGUCUACGGGGACUUCACCGUCACACUUAACAACACCAGGACCACCACAGGCCUUGUCACACGCAUCUUCUGCCUGCAGAAGGCAGGGUGUGCUCUCCCAAGAGUAGUGGAGCAGUUUCACUACCUGCUGUGGCCAGACCACGGGGUGCCCAGAAACCCUGCUCAGCUCCUGUGGUUAGUGGAGGUGGUGAACAAGAGGGGUUUGGAAGCACCUGCCGGACCCGUGUUGGUGCACUGCAGUGCAGGGAUUGGGCGCACAGGUACCUUCAUUGCCCUGGACUUCCUCCUGAAGAUGGGGAAGGCUGAGGGGAAGGUGGAUGUGUUUCACUGCGUGCAGAGGCUGCGGGAGCAGCGAGUCAGCAUGGUGCAGACCAAGGAGCAGUAUACCUUCUUGUAUGAGGUGCUGCUUGAAGGCUUGCUCUGUGGCAGCACCGGGAUCCCAGUGGAGAGCAUCACCAGCCAUGUCCGCUGCCUUCGAGAAGCUGAGACCUCAAGACAUAACAAUGUCCUUGAGAAGGAGUUCAAGGCCCUGCAGAAGUUUUCUGAGUUGUUCCAGCUCCUGCCAUGCAGAGAAGCAGAGAAACCCAGCAACCAGCCCAAGAACCGCAAGCCAGGGAUCCUACCAGCGGAUUCCUACCGGCCCAUCCUGAUGUCAUCACUGAAUGCAGAUGGAUCACCAGGUUACAUCAACGCUGUGUUUGUCGACACAUACACAGAGGAGGACAGACUCAUCGUCACCCAGAUGCCCUUCGCCACCACGCUGGUGGAUUUCUGGGCUCUGGUCUGGGAUUACACCUGCACAUCAGUGGUUGUCCUGAACGAGCUCCAGGAGCUGGACAAGACAUAUGUGGAGUUCUGGCCUACCCAAGACGAAGCUGCCUAUGGCCGUUUCCAUAUCCAUCUGAUCUCAGAAGAGCCUGGAACUGGCUUCACAGCCUGGACACUCGCCCUCACCAAUAGGCAGCAGCCCAAGAAGUCUGCACUGGAAGUCCGGUUGUGGCAACUGAAGGACUGGCCCAUGCAGCAGCCUCUUCCCCCACACUCUGCCACCAUCAUGAGCCUGCUAGGGAAGGUGGAGACACACCAUCGGCAGAGCCGGGAUGGGCAUAUUCUUGUCACCUGCUGGGAUGGUGCCAGUCGGAGUGGGAUCUUCUGUGCUGCUAAUUUCCUGUGUGAGCAAAUCCAAAGUGAGGGGCUGGUGGAUGUAUCCCAGGCUGUGAGGAUGGUGAAGAGGCGGCGCAGACAGCUGAUUAAAGAUGUGGAGCAGUAUGGACUCUGCUACGAACUAGCCAUCAGUUACUUGAAUUCAUUUGAAACCUAUGGGAAUUUCAAGUAA